GGAUUCAUCGUGACUCACGCUGACGUGAUGACGCAUGACAGCGGCCUGCUGCACGAUGGCGCCUGCGGAGGCUCGCUCAUCAGCCUCUUCUCGGCCCGAGCCCGGUUCCGGGCUUAUUUACUCACAGCUCCUGCAGCACCUGGUAGGGGAGCAACGGCAGCCUCGGGCCUUGAACCCAGCUGCGCUUGGCGGGAUUCCCGCGCCAGUUAAAUCGGAUGAACAGAAAAUGGUGGAACGAGCGAUGGAGAGCUGCAGCUUUAAGGCGGCGUUGGCCUGUGUUGGAGGCUUUGUGCUUGGUGGGGCAUUUGGAAUCUUCACGGCUGGUAUUGAUACCAAUGUUGGCUUUGAUCCGAAGGAUCCAUUGCGGACACCAACUGCCAAGGAGGUUUUGAAAGACAUGGGGCAGCGUGGAAUGUCAUACGCAAAGAAUUUUGCUAUCGUUGGAGCCAUGUUUUCUUGUACAGAAUGCAUCAUUGAAUCGUACCGUGGGAAGUCAGAUUGGAAGAACAGUGUGUUGAGUGGCUGCGUAACAGGAGGAGCAAUUGGUUUCCGAGCUGGCCUAAAGGCAGGAGCCAUUGGAUGUGGUGGGUUUGCUGCAUUUUCUGCAGUCAUUGACUACUACUUACGAUGAAGUGAACGCCAAGCUACCUUGCUGCAAGUGGUAUAGAAGUAUUGGCUGUCAAAGCCCCAACAGUGAGUGAGCUGGAACUGACUCGUGUAUAGUAAGCACAUGUGAAUGAGCACAUAGAACAUUGCUGACUGCAGCCGGUGCGCCUCAAUAUGUAUUUCAGCCAUGUUAAACCCAGGUCUAUUAUUGAAACAAGGUGACAGGUCUGAACGGAGAUUCCAAUCCAGGACACACAGUUCAUGUUUUGAUCAGUUGUUGCUGUUCUGUUCUAUAAUGUAAAACAUUUAUUGACAUAAUGGAGUGGAAUAAAAUCUAUUGUUUUAUAAA